AAUCAGUGCAUUGUGGCGGGCUCCGUUAUGAAUCAAACGUUUGUCAUAUUUUCACACUCAAUGUCACGCACUGGAAAAGACCGCAUUACCGUGUGUUCGAAAAAUUUAUUCUUUCUAUCCAAAGUAUGGGUUUAUUGUAAAAAAAAAAUUGUACCAAAUCCAGUUUUUUGAAUAAAUGCUAGUGAUUUUUAUCGAAUCAAGACGAUUAAAGUAAUAAAAAAGUACAUAUUUUGAUCAGCGAAACAGAAAAAAAAUCUCACACAGAAUAAUAAGAUGGAUGGUUCCAAAGCGAUGACACUUUCUUAUGCGGAUAUGGUAAAGAAAUCAUUACAGAUCAAACCGGCUAUCGUACCAAAGUCGUGGUUUGAGCAGAUUGAUGAAUCUGAAAAGCAGUUGAUGAGCCGAUCAAAUUCCAUGUCGACAGUUUUGAGCGACGACACAAUGACAAAUUACAUACGAUCAAAUGUGAAACGCCACAGUAUUUCACAUUCGGUGGAUUCGGGCCAAAUUUCCGAUAUGUCAAGUGACAAUGAAACUUGCCAAAAAUGGCACAACGUCAAAGAUCUCGAAGAUGAGUUACGAAAACGAAAGGUGAAACUGGCAGUCCAUCGACGAACAUCAGUUGAUUCAUGCGGCACAUCAUCCAGUACAUGCUGCACGGAUUCAAAUUGCUCAACCGAUCACAAUCAACUGAAACUUAUGUGCCAACAACGAUGGCAGAGUGUGAAAAAAAUGCAAAAGGAGCGGGAAACGGAUGAAGGUGUUUUGGCCAGACGUCAAAAGCAAAUUGAUUAUGGCAAAAAUACCAUCGGAUAUGAAUUGUAUACAAAACAAGUGGCAAUUGAUCAACGAGCGGAAAAUCAUCCAAAAACACCAGACAUGAACCAAAAGUACAGUCGACGAGCGUUUGAUGGAUUGAUCAAAAUUUGGCGCAAGCAUUUGCAUAAGUUUGAUCCGGAUUGUUCCGAAAUGUCUGAUGAACAGAAUUAGCUCGGCCGAUGACAAUAAUACAACGUUUUUUUGAGUUUAUUUGACUUUUGUUAACUAUUUUUUUCUGACAAUUUCUUAUUAUUUAAUAUCUAGACGAAAUGCCUCAAAUUCGCGUUUCGGAUGAGAGACAGCAUUACAGAACGAGAACUUAUGAUUAGGGCUAGAACAUGUUUUUAGGGGGAAAAAAAUGUAAAUUAUUGCUAUAAAGGGAAAUUGUGCGAAAAUCAGAGCCAAUGAAGUGGGCUGCAACCAUAUCAGAAUCGAAUAGGUAAAAUUUUGAUGAUGAUGAUGAAUUUACAUUAUCAUUGUGGCUCGAGAAUUUAAUAUCCAAAUGGUGUUCAAAUAAAAGUUUAAGAGAAAAAAAAAUGUUGAACUAGCAAUUAAGUACACAUGAAGUAGUACGACGCUCUUAGGUUUAAUUUGAUUUUGCUCUCAUCGAACUUUGUGACUCAUCAUAAAUUUCACCUCAAUAAAUUGAAUAUAUUCUGUUGAUGACGCUAAUGGUUCGCACACCAUGAACAUCAACUUUAAUACCAAAGUCGUAAAAAAAAUGAUAAGCUGGAUGGAUUUAAGGCCAAUGUAUAUAAAAUGUAACACACAAAACGUGAGAUUCUUUUUUCCUUUGUAAUAAAAUAAAUUUUCUGUACAUCUCAA